UGGGGAUCGGGCCGCCGGGCGUCUGCUGCUCCGGAGCGUCUGCGCAGUCGUAUAAGAGCAGCGGCAAACAGCUCGCCACCCAGGAGGCGUCGGCCAGAUCCGGUUGGCUGCUGCUUUGCUAUUGGAAUGAAAUGAGUCCAACGACACCGCCGGAUUCAAACGAGUCAGACUAGAGACGCCAUGAGGCGCGAGAUGAGAUGGGAUGGCCCCUGACAUGUAUUUCUGCACCACCCACCCACCUCGGAACAUGUCCAACAAGUACAGCCUCGGCGCCUCUGGCUUCUCCAUGUCCUCUUUGCCCAGGAUGUCGAGCGCCAUUCGGGGCACCAGCGUCCACGGCGGCGCGGGGGGCCGCAACACCCGGUUGUCGUACCCCUCCAACGGCCUGGGCUCCGGCUUUGACAUGGCGGGGGUCCUCGGGUCCGGAGUUGGUGGAGGAGUUGGAAGUGGAAGCAUGGGGAACAGUUACUCAUCACCGUCGGAAAACAAGAAGCUGUCCAUGCAGAACCUCAACGACCGGCUGGCCACCUACAUGGACAAGGUGCACUCCCUGGAGGCCGCCAACGCCAAGCUGGAGCUCCAGAUCCGGGAGUGGUACGACAAGCAGACCCCCGCCGCCAAGGACUACAGCAAGUACGAGGCCAUCAUCGAAGACCUGCGCAGAAAGAUCCGCGCCGCCACGCAGGACAACGCGCGGCUGAUGCUGCAGAUCGACAACGCCAGGCUGGCAGCGGAGGACUUCAGGAUCAAGUUUGAGAACGAGAUGGCGCUGCGCAUGUCGGUGGAGGCGGACAUCGUCGGGCUGCGUAAGGUCCUGGACGACCUGACCAUGGCCCGGGCCGACCUGGAGAUGCAGGUGGAGGGCCUGAAGGAGGAGAUGAUCUACCUGAAGAAGAACCACGCAGAGGAGAUGGUGGCCAUGCGCAACCAGGUGAAGGCCAGCUCCGUGAGCGUGGAGGUGGACGCGCGGCCGCAGAACGACAUGGCGCGCACCAUGGACAAGAUCCGGGGUCAGUACGAGGCCAUCACCGACAAGAACCGCCGCGAGAUGGAGGAGUGGUACAAGGUCAAGUUCGAUGAACUGAACAAGAACGUGACCUCGAGCACCGAGAGCCUCCAGAGCUCCCGGAGCGAGAUGACGGAGCUCAAGAGGACCCUGCAGGCCCUGCAGAUCGAGCUGCAGUCCCACCUCAGCCUGAAAUCGGCCCUGGAGGGCCAGCUGGAGGAGACGGAGUCCAGCUACGGCCUGCAGCUCAACCAGCUGCAGGGCAUGGUGAACGGCCUGGAGGAGGAGCUGAAGAACGUGAGGGCGGACAGCGAGCGGCAGGCGCACGACUACCAGCUGCUGCUGGACAUCAAGAACCGGCUGGAGAUGGAGAUCGCCGAGUACCGCCGGCUGCUGGACGGAGAGGAACGGGCCGCCGUCCCGAUGCCACCCAAACCGGUAUUUUCCCAGAGGAGGAUGGUGGUGAUCGAGGAGAUCAUUGAUGGAAAAGUGGUUUCCCGCAAGGAGGAGUUCCAAUGAGGCUCCGCUCACCGGAAGUCGACUCACAUUAACUAGGACAAUGUUUUGUUGUAUUUGAAAUAUAUUUCUCUUUUUCAAAUAUGUGUGCAGAGUUGGGAUUUAGAUUUUAGUGUCAGAAAUAUUUAUUCUGAUGCAUUAUCAUAACGAAAAAGAUGGUAAAAUAAUUUAAACAUUUUUAGAUGUAUAAGAAGAAUUUUUGUGUUUUUUUGUGCACAUUAUUAACUGUUUUUUUAUUAUUACCUCACUCCCAUUUAUUAAAACCCCACUGACAACGUUACUGUCUGCUAACCUGCCUGUAAUACCAGAUGUGCACACUAGGUGUCACUGUGUGCUCCUCUGGCUUUUGGAUAAAAUAAACAUAAUGCUGUACUUUUUAUUUUUAUUAAGAGCUGUGUAAUGAUUUAUUUGACACUUUUCACUAAAUCAAGAACACUUUUUAAAUAUUUGUUAAAUCAUCGUUUUGGUAAAAAGAGGUUUGGGUCUCUCGGGUUUCCAUUCACUAUGAGUUCUAUUUAUUUUACCCAUUUCUUGUAAGACUUACUGUCAAAAAGUGUUUCAUUAAAAAAAUAUGGAAAAACA